GAGCGGACCGUAGCGGGAGGUCGGUGAUGUACGGAGUGCGAGGGAGCGCGCCUCACUCCUGGUGACCGAGGGGUUAAUGAAUGCAGUGGGAUCCUGGUGUCGCAUGUCCUCGGCCUGUGCCCUCAGGACUGGCCCCGUCGCCAUGCGGUGGCGACAGCGCUCGACCCCUUCACGAGCCAAGGAGCGCGCGAACAUCAGCUUCUUCAUUUUCAUCAUGUUUUUCGCGGUAUUUGGCGUAAUAGUACUGACUGAACUGCUGCUAUUGGAGAGACCGCCCUCAGGGGCUCCCCGUUCACGGUACCUCGAAAGCCUACAGAGCUUGGAGAGACGGACGGAGAAGGGUGGCGACGGAGGCGACCAGCUACCGCCCGCGCACUCCCCCCAGGACGCUGUGUGGCAGCCGGUCGCCGGGACCAGGUUUAAAUUCUACGUGUACUCGGCGUACAUGGAGAGGAGGACCGUAGCAGCUGUGAGGGUCAUCGCGGCAACCAGGACACAUGGCACCGAGCCCGUCGUGUGUCGCAUUUGGUUGACUGACAACCGGACUGUCACUGUUAAAGCUAGGGUUAAGCCAAUACGCGAAAACUGGAAUAUGAAAUACAGUGCGACAUACGUAUUGUGUUUGUUGAGAGGCUCGGGUGUCAAGCCGCAGGAGACCGUAGGAGCCUCCGUAGCCGUCGUAGCCGCCGCUACGCCCAACCGGCCGCCGACUAACCUGCUGACUGUACUCGACACCGAGCCUGGAAGCGGUAUAGAUGAAACAUUGCAUGUAUGUGUGAAGCCUUUUCAUUUCUCGUACUCCCGGGCUGAUUGGUUGAUGGAAUGGUUUGAACUGAACCGCAUCCUCGGCGCCACUCACUUCUAUAUGUACAAUGAGUCCCUGAGCGCGCCUGUGGCCUGUCUGUUGGAACAUUACAGGAAGCAAGGCUUGGUGACACUGUUACCAUGGAAACUGCCCAUCGUAUCCAAAAUUGAAAUCAGAACUGAGGGGCAGUUCGCAGCGUUCAAUGACUGUCUGUAUCGGUCUAUGUCGUCCGCGGGCUGGCUGCUUGUGAUCGACGUCGACGAGAUAGUUAUACCGCGACGAGAGAGAACUCUGAUAGCACUACUGACGGCUAUGAGGGCCGCCUACAAUCCCUCGGCGAAAGCACCCUCCGCUUUUCUCUUUAGGAAUACCUUUUUUUAUAUGCACUGGGAGGAUGACGUGGAAGCGCCAGCGCCGUUGGUGACGGCUCGGAAGACCCGGCGCUGGGCAUCUCCUCACGCGAUCAAGAACCGCAGCAAAUACGCUCUCCGUCCUCGCGACGCUGUGGAGCUAGGGAACCACUUCCUGUGGGAGAUGGCUCCCGGAGUGAGUUGUGUUGGUGUGCCCAUUGAGAGAGCUCUUCUGCAUCAUUACAGAAUGGUGUGCGAGUAUGGUGGUAUGCAAUGUUUGACUGUCCCGUCAGUCGUAGACAGAACAGCUCAUCGGUGGGCUGAAGAAUUAAUGCAAAGAAUCACAGCAGAAAAGACUUCAAUAUCAAAAACAUGCCCCAUAUAGUAUAUCUGUAUGACAAAUAGUACAAAAUAGUUUUAAUUUUAUAUUAUUAUAAAGCUUUUGGCGACACAUUUUUGUACUAAUUCAUAGCAAUGGUAGAUGUUUCUUAGACAGACAGAAAUGCGUAGAUAUUUUGAAAAGAAGAGUAAUUUAACAAAUUACGGUGUAUGUAAAUAGGUAUCAUGUUAUAUAUAUUAAUAUUAAUAAUAUAUAUUGACACACUUUUACAUAAAUUAUCUUGCCCCAAAUUAAGCAUAUAGCCUGAGUUAUGGGUUGCAAGACAACGAUAUAUUUAAUACAAUGUACUUACUUAAACAUACAUAAAUACAUAUAAACAUCCAUGACUCGGAAACAAUCAUCAAUAUUCAUCAUAUAAAUGCUUGCACUUACCGGGAUUCGAACCCGAAUCCGAAUUCGAAUAACAAUGUAUUGGUUAUUUUAUUUAUUCUUUUCGGAUGUCGUAUCCAAGGCUUGCCUAGAAUCAGAAAUCCUUUGGAGUGUGUUUUCAAUUCCAGUUACAUUUUUAAAUAUUAGUGUAUCCAGCUAUUGAGUUAUAUUACAAAUAUUGAUUCAUAUGAUAAAAGAUUAAAAAAUACAUGUGAGAAUUCGAUUACUAAAAUUAUCUACAUAAUAUUGGCCUAAGCAUCAAUCUUGAGUUGAUUGCAGUUGCAUAAAAAAAUUGCCCUAAUUAAUGAAUGCGAUCUAAGUAGGAACCAACACCUUUGUUGGUUGGCACAGUGAUGAAAUAUUGUAUCGCUGUUACUUUUCAGAUCUGCGUAUUCUAUAAUAAUAUGUUGAGAAUAUUUCUUUAUGCACUUCUUUUUGAUCUGAUAUCAGUCAUUAUCAUCAUGUAGCACUUAGAUUAUUGAUAGGUCUCCCCGCGCGCGCUUCUUAUAGAUACCGCUAGCGUAGAUACUUGUAUAAAGUGGCAACAGUACUUCGAUAAAGCUGGCGUACACCAGGCCAGACUCCUUGGAAGUAAUCUGUAAGGCCAAGUGUUUUAUUGAGUUUUAGUCAUAAUCCAAAGUGCCAUGCUAGUUUGCAUAGUGAAAAUCUGUAAAAAAAUACUGCAACAAGUAUGGCAAACACACAUAUUAUAUUUACGCAUAACAAUAUUGUAAUCAGUAAUAAUAUGAAAGCGUUAUUUAGACGGAGCGUGUUCACAGAACACCUAUCAAUAAUCUAAGAUUUAGCAAUUAGUUAUCCAAAAUUGUGAAGUGCCAAAAUAUUAAUUGUAUGUUGUGACCAAUUUAUUGACCUAUUAAAUUGUCAUCGUUUGCCAUUAAGUCAUUAGUUUUAUAUACUUAGUAUCCAAACUCCAUAAUUAUAUCAGAAAAAUAUCUUCUAGCAACUCUUAUUGUCUGGACUCUGGAAAGCCCCGAUGCGCCUAUUUCUAACAAACAGGUGAACAUACGGAACUUGUAUUAAAUAUAUGCCUUCAGCAAUAUUUUGGUCACGGUGACGGUGAACAGGAUCAUUGGAAAGGAAAUGUAACUAAUUUUGCCCCAAGGAUUAGAUGCAAUGAUGAAAGAUAUCGUAUCCUGUAACGUAAAUACAUAGUGGGCUCACUUACCGUAAUAGUUAAAUCUAAGAGAGACGACGACCGAUAUCAAAAUUACUUUUCAGGAUGGGUCUUUCCGAUUGCGAUAGACUAUUCGGAAUUACAAAACUAAACCAUUUUUUUGUAUUGACGAAGUAGACAUGUAAACCAAUGCACAGUUGUAAACUUGACCGUCAAAUAUUAUUAAUGAAACGAAAUAGCAUCGGUGGCUCGGUGGGAUAACCGUUGUGUCCCCCAUUUUUAUCCUCGCCUCCCAUGUUGUAUAUUUGGUCUUUUCUGUGUUUGAAUUCAUCUCUAAGUUUAUUCGACGUUUUCUUAGACGGGCAAUGCUCUUGUGAUUCCACUGGUAUUACAAGAAAGACGCGUCGAUCACCUCAUCACCAACUUAUUUGUUUCUUAUUGCUCCUUUGUCGUAUUUUUCCAUAAAAAAAUAACGAUACUAGAACGCUAAUUCAUUGGAUUGUGCUACGGAUUUUGCCCAAUCGAGAUCUCAAUGAUACGGCAGUAAAUGUUAUUCAAACGCCUCUUACAAUGAUCGACCUAGGAUGACUAUAGUAUUGGUUUUAUUACUCACUUGAUUAUUACUCACAUAAUAAUUACGUAAAUAAAAACAUUUUCACAUUUCACUACCGCCUGCAUUAUUAUACUCAAAAGCCUAGAAGUUUUAAGGAAAUAUUAAAUAUUUAUAAAAUUUUGCUUAAAAUAUUUUGAUACUUUGUAAUUAAUUUACAAAAGAUUCUUACGAGUUAUUAAGUUGAAAAAUUAUGUUUAUAAUUAAGUUGCUGUUGUCUACACUUUUUUGUUGAAUGUUGUAAGUUUCCUGUUGAUGUGUUUUUAAUUGUCUCGCUAGUAAAAUUGAUUUGUACAUAAAUUUAUUUUUCUUAAUCAUUCCUAUUAUGUUGUUUGUUGGUUGUUUGUCUUAGUUAGGUUUAAUUCAAUAACAGUACCAGUAGAUGCCUAUAACUUUUAUAAAUUGAUCAUUGGCAUGCCAAUGGGUUACCUAUAUAUUUAUUUAUGUGUAAAUAAUAUAAAUUUAACAUAUUAUCUAGUUAUCUCACAGAUAUAUUACGAUGCAGAUAGAUGCAGUAUUUUACAGAAAAAUUAUAAAAACUGCUUAAAUAUUGCACAAUGCGUUCUUUUAAACAUUACUUAUAAGUAUCAUAUUUUAAAUGUAAUAAAAAAAUGUCAUUCUUGAAAUGUAUUUGCACAAGAGAAGAUUUUUGUUGUUAUGUAAAAAAAAUUAAGAAUUUACUUUUACGUUAGUAUUUCUUGUUGAAUAAAGUAAUAUUAAUAUUACCAUUUGUGAAUUAUGUUUUGUACGAAAUAACUUGUAAAUGUUUUUAUAUUUUUAGUUGUUACAUUCAUUCAAUACUGAGAAUGUUUUAUUGAUUUUUAUAAUAGAAACUUAUCUUACCCACAUUCUAGGAUGACACGCACACACACACAUACACACACACACACUAACACCUUGUUCCCGUCGGUGGAGGCAGAGACAACAGAACCCCACUUGCUUCUAUCCUUACAAUCCUCACGCGCUUUCUCUACAUUCAUUACUCUUUUCAUACAUGCUAGCCGGUUCCGGGUGCUUGCUACCUUUCCACUUUUCAAACCGUCCCCAAUUCGGUCAACGAAUGUUCUACGAGGUCUCCCGCGACCGACAUGCCCACACACACCUGCCUUAUAAUAUAUGGGUUAUUGCUGAAAUGAAGUGGCUAAUUUCACCACAAAGUGUUUCAACGAUCGUCACAACGCAUCUCAGUAUUUGAGUGUAAUUUCAUGCUUUCCUUAAUUUAAUUUAUUUGUCAAUAUUACAAUUACUUUAUUUAAUUUAUGCUUCAUAAAUAAUGGAAAAAUUAAAAAGUUCAAUUCUUAUUUAUCAUGCGCGCUUAUUUUUAAUUUUUUCCUACAAUAUACGAUAAAUUUUAAUAUAUAACCGUCUACUUUGUACUUAAUUAAUUUAAAAUUAUUGCGAAUAAGAAUUCACCCGAAUAAUAAUAUUAUCUUCGAUUACUGUAAUGUAAUAUUCGUUUCUAAAAAUAAAUAAAUUAUUAUUAUGCAGAAUAUUUUAAUAUAAAACCGCCUUCGAUCAAUAAUUAGACUCGAGAUUGUAAAAUAAUAAUAUAUAUUACUAGCUGCUGCCCGCGACAACAAUAUUGUAAUGUCUGUAUCUAGCGUGAUAGUAUGUAGCUUACAUUAUCCCGUAUAUAUUAUAUUAUGCUGUCCAGAUCUCUUUUAAAUCAAAUCUAUUCUGUAGUUUUUGCGUUUUGUCCGGACUUGUAGACAAAUGGACAAACAGACAAAAAUCUCCAAACAUUUUUGGAGAUUUUUUCGAAAAAAUAUAAAAUGUCGUACAUGUGCUUUAUAGUUUUUACUUAGUUACAAUGUUGUUAUAUUAUGUAUAAAUAGAUAUAUAAUGAUAAGAAGCAGUAAUGCUAAGUUCAAAUAUUGAUUUCAGAAUGAAGAAAAUAUUAUGUUUGAUAUUUUUAUACACAAUUUACAUAAUAGUAUCAAUAAGGGGAAUGUGACCCUUAUAAAGAAAACGGAAAACAGUUAACAUUAACAUUAUACACUAACUAAACAAUGCCUUAAAUACAAGUACUUUUGUGUUAUUUGAAUGGUUUAACAUUUCUACUAAUUAAUAAAUUAUUAAAUGGAUAAGAUUUGUAAGAAAAUUGUUGUUUUGUUCGAUUGAAAUUACGAAACCACUAUGUUCUGAGUGAUUUCCUGAACAGUAAACGGUACGAUUUUUGAUAGGUUUCUUUCAAAUUAUGUAACAUGUGAAACAAUAUUAAUAAAUGCAUCGAUAUUGUUUAAUUUUUGUAUAUCGUCUGCAAAUGCGCUUACAAGUAUGUUCCUAACUUUAUUGCAUACAUGCUAAGUAUAACUGUAUAAGGUCGAUGAAGAUACUGUGACCAUUUAUCCGUGUUUUAUUGUUGAUCGAAAACUGCAUUAUGUCAUUUCCUAUGUUGUGAACGCCCGCUGUUUGUGUACAUAUAAAAGACUUUUAUAUUUUUUAUUUCUUUUACAGUUUUUGCUAUCUUUGUGGAUAUCAGCAUUGUGUUGUGUAUGUACUUGCUCAAAUCUAAAAGUAUUGCCUCUAAGACAGUAUUAUAAUAAGUUUUAUGUAUAUUUUAUAAAAUAACAGCUUAGAAAAAGUCCAUGAAUUUAUAAUUAUAAGACUUCAGUACUAUUAAAGGCAACCUUAGUAUUUCCGCUAAAGCUCCGUUAAAGCAAUAACACGCGCAACGUUCAAACGGGGGAGAAGCAUUGCCAAUAUUGUGAUCUCUCUCACUCUGUCAGUACAUAAUAUUAUGGGGUGACUGGUGAUCCCCAAUGUGACUACUAUAGUAAAAUAUUGUUUAAUCAAACAACUAAGUGGGUAGUAUAUAUACUUAUUUAUAAUAAUUUAUCUGACCGUGAUAUGGUAGUUGUAAAUAGAUUGACGAAUGUGACUUGUAAAUAAAGUUAUUAUUUUAGUUUUUUCUCAAAGUAA